CUUCUUUCUCAUAGGUGGGUCGGGGAAAAGCCGGCCGCUCAAAUUUCUCUGCUUCCCGCGGCCGCUGAGCCGCCGAAGACCUCCCGCUGCCGCUCGAGGGUGAGGGCGAGCCGCCUUUGCUCCCUCCCGCCCGAGGUUAUGAAGUUCAUGGGAUGGAAAAAAUACCAGAGGAAGGACCAGCACUUAUAAUUUUUUAUCAUGGAGCUAUUCCCAUAGAUUUUUACUACUUCAUGGCUAAAAUUUUUAUCCAGAAAGGCAGAACUUGCCGAGUAGUAGCUGAUCACUUUGUCUUUAAAAUUCCAGGGUUUAGUUUAUUACUUGAUGUAUUUUGUGCUCUACAUGGACCAAGAGAAAAAUGUGUUGAAAUUCUGAGGAGUGGUCACUUGUUAGCUAUUUCACCAGGUGGAGUUCGAGAAGCCCUAAUUAGUGAUGAAACCUACAACAUCGUAUGGGGUAAUCGUAAAGGCUUCGCUCAAGUUGCAAUUGAUGCAAAAGUGCCCAUUAUUCCUAUGUUUACACAAAAUAUUCGAGAAGGAUUUAGAUCACUUGGAGGAACAAGGUUUUUUAGGUGGCUUUAUGAAAAAUUCCGCUAUCCAUUUGCUCCAAUGUAUGGAGGUUUUCCAGUGAAGUUACGCACCUAUUUAGGGGAUCCCAUUCCGUAUGAUCCAAAGAUAACAGCAGAAGAAUUAGCUGAAAAGACAAAGAAUGCUGUUCAAGCUUUGAUUGAUGAGCACCAAAGAAUACCGGGAAACAUCAUGAGUGCUUUGUUAGAACGUUUCUAUAAAAAACAAAAGAUCAACUAGAAGAUGAUUUGAUACAUUUAUAUUAAUAUGUGUGUCUCUAGUACUGUCUUCUAAAUUUUGUAGGUACUACAAUAAGUAUUUUUUAACAAAUCAUGUUAAUAAGCAUCUUUUGCUGAACUUGUUUAAAAUUGUAUUGUCAGUUUUGUGUUUGCAAUCAAAUGUGUCAAAUUUAAACAAUAACUCAUUACAUGCCUAUUAAUUCAGAAAAUGAUCAUGUUUCUUUUUAUAAAUUCCUAAUGUAUGAUAAACAUUUAGAUUCUUAAAGUUAAGUUUAUUAAUAAGAGCAAUUUAUGUUAAACAAACAUUCCGAAAUAUGCAUCUAAUUUCUGUAUCUGUUGCACUGAGGUAAUUUUGCGAGAUGGCGUAACCUAGGGUUUAGGACAGACGCUUAAGUUAGAAAAGAAAAUGCGCUUUCCUCUUCCUUUCAUGAUCUUGGGCAAAUCGUGUAAUGCUUUCGUGCCUCAACAAUUCACUUUUUAAAAACAUGUUAUACUAUGGUGAGCAAUAUUAUUUUAAAUUCUUUAUAUUUGCUGUGGUUGAUAACCAUAGAACCGAAAUUAUAAGUGAAUUAAUUAAACAAUACCAAGAUCUUUUAGAGUUUAUGUAUAUAUUUUGUUUAUAAGAUGUUUAAAUUAUUCCUUCAGAUAUGAUGUCGAGUUGCCAAGCACAAUGAAAAACAUGUAUUGCUUUUCAUAAUGAAUAAAAAUGUAGAAAAAAUAAAAUUUCUAAUUAUUAUUAUUUUUUUAGUAUUGUGUUUUUAAUGAGAAUCUGUGAACAAACAGUAUAGGGUGUUCUGUACAUUGUCAGCCCUUACUAUGGCAUUUAAUAGUGUCAGGUUAAAAUCACUGUUGUGCUGUGUUUCAUAUCUUAGAAGUGGAUUCUAGGCUGAUGACAGUGGAGCUAAAGAAAGCUCUGCUUUUGCUCCAUAUCGUGGCUUGUUCAGUUUGACUUUGCAACUAGUCAGAUGGUUUAUUGUUUCAUUAAAAAUAUACUUGAAUGAUGAAUUUAUGUGAACACACAGCUUUCUGAAAAAUUAAUGGCUUUCAAUUUGCUGUCUCCUUGAAAUCUGAAUUUUAAAAGUAUUUAAAUAGAAUAGUACCAGAAAUCAAAUGCAGUAUCUCUUCUUCCUUUAUAGAUAUUAAAUUACUUGGAUUUUUGUAUAACAAGAGUAUAUGUAUGAUAUGUGUAAUGUGUAUAAAAUUGAACAACAUAAAAAUAAAAGUCAAACUGCAUUGUAAUUCA